AUGCCUUUGAUCGACAAUAACCACAACAAUAAUAACAACAACAACAAUAAUAAUAAUAACAACAAUAAUAAUAGAUUUAGUCUAACUGAUGAUGAGACAUCGGAUUGUAUUCAAGUUACAUUGACAAGAUCACCAUUACAUGGUUUUGGUAUAGCUAUUAGUGGUGGUAAUAAUGAAAAUAGAUUGAUUUCAUACUAUGAUGAAAGUCAAAUUGAUAAUCAAUCAUUAACUGUUUGUGAAGUUAUUAAACAUGGACCUGCGGAUGGUAAACUUUUACCCAAUGAUCAAAUUGUAAAUGUGAAUGGUCAUCCUGUUAUACGUCAUAUGGAACAUACGGCAUUAAAAUUAAUUCGAGAAUCAACUGAUUUUGUUAAUUUAGUUGUUCGGCGACGAAAACAUCCAGUUAUUGUAUCGGAUAGUGAACCACCUAUCAAAUGUAUAUUAAAUAAAACACGUAAAGAAGAAAAAUUUGGUGUGAUUCUUGGUUGUCGAUAUUUUAUUAAAAAAAUUCAGCAUGCAAAUAAUGAUAUGUUUGCGAAUCUUCAAGAAGGCGAUGAAGUAAUUAAGAUAAAUGAAACACCUGUUGAUCGUUUAACAUUACAAGAAGCACAGAAAUUAAUUGAUAAAGCUAAAGAACGACUUGUUCUUUUUGUUAUACCAAAUAAAUUAAAUGAUGAUAAAUCAUCAGUUCAUCAAAAUGGAGUAAAUAAUCAUCUUGACUCAAUCUCAGCUCCUAUUCUUGUUCAAAAUCAUCCCUCAUCUACACGUAAAGAAUUACAAGCAGAUUAUAAUCAACAUGUAUUUGAACGAUCAACAUUAAAUCGUCAAGAUUUUAUACGACCUAUUACUGGAACAAGAUAUGUAUCAUUUUAUACAGAUACAUCAAGUAUAGGAAUUCGUUUAGCAGGUGGUGAUAAACAUGGAUUAUUUAUUUGUGAAGUACAACCAACAAGUGUCGCAUAUAAAGCAGGAUUACUUGUUGCUGAUAAAAUAUUUAGUGUAAAUAAUACUGAUUUUACAAGUUUAACACGUGAAGAAGCGGUUUUAUGUUUGAUGAAUAUGAAAACAGCACAAGUCAAUAUGAUUGUUGCUAAUUUACGUCAUGAUUAUGAACAAUUAUUAGCUGAUGUUGGUGGUGAUUCAUUUUAUAUUCGAGCUCAUUUUACUUAUAAUACAGCAAAUGAUGAAGAAUUAUCAAUUCGUGUAAAUGAUAUUUUUCAUGUUACUGAUACACUUUAUAAUGGUCAAGUUGGUUAUUGGGUUGCUACGAAAUUAAAUGCACCUUCGUCACAAAAUAAAAUAACUGGUGCUGUUCCAAAUAAAUCACGAGCUGAACAAUUGGCAAGUAUAGCUCCAAGUCUUGAUAAAUUAAUGAAAACUAAACAACCAUCCUUUAAACGAAAAUUAAAAUCAAAAUUUGGUGAUAAACGAUCACGUUCUGUUUCCUCAAUACAUCAUCUCAAAGAAGAUUCAAUUUUCGCAUUGACAAAUUCAAAAUUUCCUGCAUAUGAACGUGUCGUACUUAAAGCUGUAACUAUCAUACGUCCUGUGGUUCUUUUUGGUCCUUUGGCUGAUAUUGCACGUGAUCGUUUGAUUAAAGAUUAUCCUGAACUAUUUGAAUUACCCCGCAUUGAAAUGCAUUCUCCUACGAAAGCACGUGCUAAUGUUAUUAAAUUACAAAGUAUCAAAAAUGUUAUUCAACGAAAUCGUCAUUGUUUACUUGAUGUAACUCCAACAGCAGUUGAACAAUUAAAUUAUGCUCAAUGUUAUCCUAUAGUUAUUUAUUUUAAAGCAUCUGAUCGUCGUCAAAUAAAACAACUUCGUCAAGAAUAUGGCAAACUCUAUCAAAAAUCUUCGCGACGUUUAUUUGAUUCAUCGGAACGUUUAGAAUUUUUAUAUUCUUAUUUAUUUACAUCAACAAUAAAACUUGAUACAACAACGAAUUGGUAUAAAAUUUUAAAAGGACAAAUUGAAAUGCAACAAGAACAACCAAUAUGGAUGAGUGACGAUCGACCAGCUGAUAAAGAUUUACCUAAUUCCGAUGAAUAUUUUAUUUCAACAAGACAAAGUUAUUCAGAUGAUAAUUCCAAUCGAUAUGAAUCUAGUCCAGAUUCUGAAACAAUGAAUUUACAUAAUAAAAAAGGAAAUAAUUAUUUACAAAGAGUUGCAUCUGAUCCUGUCGUAUUUCCAAGAGAUAAAAUUCAUUCAUUUUCAAGUGAUUUACAUCGUGAUCUUGAAGAUGAAGAAGAGGACGAAGAAGAUGAUGAUGAUGAUGACAAUAGUGCAUUUGUCCCAAAUUCUACCAUGUCAUUACCAAAUCGUAGUCAUUCCGUAACAGAAAUUCCAACAACAAAUGGUGAACAACAUCAUCGUCGAUCAGUAAUAAUACAUUCCAAUUCAAAUACAAAUAAUUCAAAUUUUUAUCCUAAAUCUAUAUCUUAUAUAAAACCAAUUAAUGAUAUUAAUAAUAAUAAUAAUUUUGAAUCAAAUGUUAAUAAUGAUGAUUUAUUUCGAACAGAUAAAUAUAAUAACGAUAGAAAUCGUUCAACAAAUCAACGUUCGUAUAAUUCAUUGUCCAAUGGACAUGUAGUCUAUCGUACUGAGUCAAUACCACAUGUUGAACAAGAUGAUAUUUAUCGUUUACAACGUUUAUAUAUUAAUGAACAAGAGAAGUAUAAAAAUCAUUUUGAAAAUGAACAUUUAACUAAUACACAAAGCACAGCUAAGCUUAUUCAAGCACCUUUCAUUAAAGCACAUGCACAUGAAACAAAUGGGUCACAAUCGAAUACAUUGAAUGGAAAAUCAAAUCGAAUUCCAUCUCGACGACCACUUAUUGCACCAAAACUUCGAACAAUAAAUCCAAAUGAAAGACUUAGUUCAAGUGAUAGUGGAGGAUCUAUUCAACAUAAUAUGGCAAAACAUUCAACGGAUAAAUCAACCAUGACAUAUAUAGAAAAAAAUUUACCGAUGAAUAGUUAUGCUACAUGGAAUAGGCCUUUAAGUUCUUCAUCAUCUCGACAUACAGCUUUACCUUCAUGUUCAAAUAGUCAUAAUUCUCAUAGUAAUAAUAAUGAUCUAUCUAAUCGUAUAAUUCGUUGUACAUCAAUGGAUACUGUACGUCGUAAUGAACAACUUUCGUCAAUUAAUUCUAAUGAAAAACUACGUACAGAAUCAUUAUUAAAACAAAAGAUGUGUUCAAGUAAAAAACAUAAUCAUACAUCAUCUGGUACAUUAGGAUCAUUAGAAAGUGCAAGAUCACAAUCGUUUUCUACAACAGCACAUAAUAUAAAUCAUCAAUUAUCAACAAAUCGAAAUCAUUAUCAAAAUGGUGAAUAUGCAAUACAAAAACCACGUGUUUAUACUCAUGAUGAUCGAUCUUUUCUUGGACAACAACAACAACUAUCACAAAAUAUUCUUUCAUCUUCAUCAACAUCAUCAACAUUAAGUGUAAAAGAUAAAAGUAUCAAAGAACUUGAUGAAACAAGGAUAUAUUCAACACAAGAUGGAUUUAAUAUUAUUGGUAGUGCUCGUGGUGUGAUGGAUUGUUAUGGUGGAAAAUUAUCUUGUCCAUUAACAGGUGUCUCAAUAUCUGUUCCAGCUGGUGCUAUACCAGAAGGUGUUCAACAAGAAAUCUAUUUUCAAGUAUCUCAAGAUGGAUCAAAUAUUCGUUCAUUUAAUGCUAAACAAGGUGAACGUUUAUUAAGUCCAAUUGUUUUAUGUGGUCCACAUGGUGUUCAAUUUUUAAAACCAGUUGAAUUAACUUUACCACAUUGUGGUGGAGAUGAUGCAGAUCAAUUAGCUCUUAUGCUUCAUGGUGCUAAUCAAAAUGGUUCAACAAAUCAUCAACAAGAUAAAUCUAUGAUGCUUAAUGGAAUAAAUCAUGUAACAAAUUCAAAUGUUUCUAUACUUGUUGAUCAUUUCUAG